GUCGGCCUAGCAGUCGAAUAAGUCAUUCCUUUCGCAACACACGCAUAUUCAGUUUCUCUAUUUUAAACCUUAACACUUUCCAAAUUCGUUUCAAAAUAGGGAAGAAAGCACGGUCUAAAUGUGUGGGAUUAAAGUUCCUAUCUGAUGUUGUUUAACACUGUCUUGUACUAGUUUUUAAACUGUAAAGUAUUACUACAAUUUUCCCCCUUAAUUACUUUGUCAAUCGUGACGGCCAUUUAAGAAGUUAGUGUCCGUCAUCCAGUGUUGUAAAUCUUAUUAAACCACAAAUACUUGGAGACCCAGUUGUCAUGAAGAUCUGGUGGAAAUGAAACUCACCGUUUUCCAAGAGAUUUUUAAAUGAUUGUCCUAAGAUCGUGCUAAAACAAGGACAAAAUAUUGAGGAAAGGACCAUGGCAGCCGGUGCCAACAAUGCGGAAGCAGAACGGGCGUUCAAUCGGGCUCAGUUAAAAUUGAAUCUCAACCUUCCGUCGAUUGACACGCCUCGGAGCCUAAGCGAUCUCCAGUCAAUUGCCCAAGAAAUCCAACGCCAAAAGAAUGAAGUGCUCUGUCAUUUGAAGCACGAAGACAAAGAUCGUCACAGUUACUUCACACAGUUGGAGCACUUGGCCCGGCAAAUGAGGGAACUGCCUCUACCAACCGACUCGCCAACGCUAGAAUACGAACUAGAGCGGACGAGACUCGAGUUGGAGACCCAACGGAUGCAGGAUCGAAUGCUGAAGACGCUCGGGCCCACCAGUGAAGUGGUGCGACGUCGCGAAGAGCGCAUCCUCCAUCUGAGAAAGCUGGAUCAGAAGCUGGCCGAAAUUAACACCCUCAUAGUCAAUCACGUUGGCAAAAGCGAAGCGGCCGCAAGCGAUCUCUGUCACACGACGUCGACUUCGCCGGCUUUGCCCGGAGAUUGGACCAACGACAAAGACAUUUGGCUCAGCGGCUCCAGUCUCGAUCUUCAUCACGAAGAAAAAAACGGACAUUCGGAUACGGCGAGUGUCAUGAGCUUUACCUCGAGCAUCCAUUCGAGUCACGGGAUUUCGGGUAGCGGCGGCAGCGGCGGUUUGCUCUCUGAAAGGGGCCAGAAACCUCCGAUGGGUCCAAAAGUAGAAGUAGUCUAUAACCUGCUAACAAUGCUCUUCUCUCACGACCGGCAUAACGUUAGCCAAAAGCUCUUGCACAUGUCGGCCAAUCCCGAAACGAGGAGUACCCUCCAUCAAGUCGGCUGUAUUCCGCUGCUGGUUCAGCUUAUUUAUAAUCAGGAUGGUGGAGGUGAAUCGAAUAAUCAAGAUAGGGCCAACCCUGGCAAUGUUACAGCUAAUAGCUGGAUGUUGACAGAAGCUGAUAAAGAAACUCGAGCAAGUGCAGCGCAAGCCCUUCAUAAUUUAGUGUACAACAGCACUGAUGAUCGUAAAGUCAAAAGCGAAAUCAGGAUCCUCAAACUCCUCGAGCUCAUUCGUUCCUACGCCGACCGGCUCCGAGAUGCCAUCAUGCACCAGUUACACCACCACGACCAGGAAAUUGAUAACCGUCUUCCGUUGCUCUUGGAUGAUGACAUGGACAGCCAUCCGUGCAAUGUUGUGACCAAUUUGAUGAAACUGUCGUUCGAUGACGACCACCGCCAAGCCAUGAGUCAUUUGGGAGCGCUUCAGGGUCUGUCCGAGUUGCUUCAUCUGGACCAGCUGGCGCACGGGUCCCUGUGUGACGAUGCACAGUGCACCACGUUGCGACGCUACGCCAGCAUGACGCUGACCAACCUCACCUUUGGUCACGGACCCAACAAGACCCUGCUCUGCUCUACGCGACCGCUCCUCGCCGUCCUUUCUCACCAGUUAGCCUCGCCUAACGACGAUUUGAGACAAGUGACGGCCAGCGUGUUGCGCAAUCUUUCUUGGCGGGCCGACAGUGCCAGCAAAGAGGCUCUACAGCAGACGAAUGUCGUCCAAUCGCUCAUCACCAUGUCGAUGGAGACGCAUCGAGAGUCUACGCUCAAAUCGAUGCUGUCGGCCUUGUGGAACCUGUCGUCGCACUCUAGCUGCAACAAGGCCACCAUUUGCGCCACUCCGGGAUCUUUGGAAUUCCUUGUCCGUACGCUGACGUACAAAUCAGAGUCGAAAACCUUGUCCAUUGUCGAAUCUGGCGGAGGCAUUGUAAGAAACAUCUCAAGUCACAUCGCGACUCGUGAUGAUUACCGAGCUUCAUUACGACGUCACGGAUGUUUCCAAAUUCUGCUGCAUCACUUACGUUCGCCUAGUUUGACUGUAGUGAGCAAUGCCUGCGGGACUCUUUGGAACUUGUCCGCACGUUGCAAAGAAGAUCAAACGACGCUACGAGAUCUGGGCGCGAUUCCCAUGUUGCGCAGUUUAGUCCAUUCGAGACACAAGAUGAUUGCGACAGCAUCAUCCGCUGCCCUGAAAAACCUGGAAUCGGCCGGAUUCGGGAGUAGCAAUGGCUCUCUGAGUAAUAGCGGAAACGCAACGAGCCAUAACACUUCACUGCAAGCGCGCAAGCAGAAAGCCCUGGAACAAGAGAUUGAUCAAACGCUAACGGAAAUGUGUGACAACAUCGAUCCACUCAGCCCUCUAGAUGAACCUAGUGGCGUGAGUCCCUUCGACAGGCGCAUGUAUCGCUCUCUGGGUGGCCACAAUACAACCAGCCUUUAUGGAAGGUCAUCCACAGCACCGACGUUGGUACCAAAAAGCGGAUCGACACCCAUCCGACCUGCCCGUUCAUCUAGCUUAGAGCGCAAGAAUGCAACCGGAGACAUUAUUGGUAGUACGGCCCGCCCAAGAACAAUAGCCGCACCCUCAUCGGCCAGCCCAGCAAUGGGAUCUCGUUUACAAGCAACUCGAACUGUUUGGCAUUCGCACGAGAAUGAAAUUAGUUAUACAUCAUUGAAUUACGAAGAAGAUGAUCAACCCGUUAAUUACAGUUUAAAAUAUACUGAAGAAGUGGUUUCCGUCCCCGUGGCAGCUCACUGGACACCAUCCAGGCCACCUAAACCUCUCGUAGAUGGAGAUAACAAUCCCGAAGGAUCGGAUUCGGUACUUCAGACAGCAGAUCAAAUGGAUUCGAGCACCGUGAAGAAAGCCAUGGUCCUGUCUGCGUACCGCGAAACGGAUCUGGAUGAACCCGAACGUCCGACGGACUUUAGUUUGCGCUAUCCCGAUGAAGACGAAGACUACGCCGCAGAUAACGAUACCAUGCAAACUUAUUGCAUGGAGGGCACGCCAUAUGAAACUCCAUUCACCCGCUCCAGCGCUGCGUCUCUGACUGAUCUCCGUGAAGCUGGACUCGAGAGCCCCAAGAUGGAGCAAGAUGACACGGCCGAAAAAAUCACAGGACUUGAAAACAAACCUAAAGAGGAAGACGAAGAAGAAGUUGAUAAAGUCGAAGGGAAAACACCGCCGAUGCCACGUCGUUCACAGCCGGCCAAUAAAGAGAGCAAAACGGUGACGUUCAACACGACGGCCGACUGCGAGAUCAACUACUCGGAGCAGCAAACGCCGUUGAUGUUCUCGCGUUCCAGCUCUUUGGAAUCGCUCGACAGUUUGGACCAGCACCAAAACUGUCACGACGAGGGCUCGGUUGUCAGCGAGUUUAGUCGUCUGACAAGUCGAGCCGUUUCGCCCAGUGAAUUACCCGAUUCGCCGGGCCAAACGAUGCCUUCGAGUCCACGUCGAACGCAAGCUCAGCAAGAUCAGCAAAAGCAAUUGCCGAAACCUAUUCAACGUGUUGAUGGUGUGUUUGAUGACUCGACAAAUAAUUUUGGAAUGGAAGGCACUCCCGCUUUCACUAGGGCGGCCAGCCCGCUCAGUCAGCUGUCUUUCGAAGAUGAACCUUCUUCACCAACAGACCCGACUCCGAUGCCUCCUCCACCUCCCCCAGUGGUUACAGCAACUCGACCUCCGUUGCCUCUUCCAUCAUCUGUGCAAGCCACUGCGCCAUCAACUGCCCAGCUCGUUAAUCCUACGUUUAACCGGGUUGUUCGAUCUGCGUCUGAAGUCAAUUUCCGCAGUACAUUCGAUUACGAUGAGCCUCGACGUUUCAAUGAAGAAGACAGUCCGGCUCUUACGAGAUGGACAAGUUUGAGCUCGUUGCACAUUGAUGGCGAAGUGAUUAGCACGGCCAAAUUAUUGCCAUUGAGUCACGGAGUUGGUAAUUUAAAUUCUGCGCACUUAACUGAAAGAAAAUCGGAACAAACAGUUAAAGUUGAAGUGGUUUCAAUGGCCGCGGCUUCCGACCCUGUCCCAAUUGAGUCUAACGAAUGGAGCGAAGAGAGUGGCAGCGAAGAUGAUUUGCUAUUAGAAAUUAUCACGCAAGGAAAACCAACAAGUCGGCAACCUGUACCCCAAACACCGAAAUCCAGUAAACCUCCAGUGCCGGAAGUACCUUCUGAAGUCCGUCCAUCUAUUUCGAAAUCGGUUAGCGUUCAGGAUAUCUCUGAGCCCAAUCGUGUGUCGGGCAUCCCGGCGAGCCAGAGCAUCGAUUCGUCCCUGUCUAAAGCUAACAUCCGUGACACUGGGAGUGAUAUCGAAGACGACGAUGAUGAUGAUGAUGAUGAAAUGCUCUACGCAUGUAUCAGGUCAGCUAAACCAACAGCCAAACCUGUGCCUCCUCCAAGAACAUCGAGCAUAUCGGCUAAAUCAACAGUGCCUGCGCCAUUAACGUCUAAUGGCGUUCAAAAGAGCCGGCCAUCUCGCCCGCCAAUGGAACUCCCUAAAUCAUCAUCCUCUAAAGAAAGAGUGCCACCUCUUCAUGGCCCGUUUUCCAAUGUCCGGCAAAUGGCAAUGCGGGUUAAAAGCACUUCCGAUGUUCCCCGGCCGUCUGGUCGUCGUUCUCGACAUUCAAGUCAAGGCUCUAGUCGCAUGGGAGCAAGCGGAUGUAGCAAUAACACGAGCGUAGAUUUGGAUUAUCGCUAUUCUUACAAGGUUGAAGAUACACCUGUCACGUUUUCACGCAACAGCUCGUUAAGUUCACUCAGCGUGAAUUCCAACGAUGAAGAACCAUCGGCCGAAGAUCAAGCUCUGUUGGACAGUUGCAUUAGCUGGGGUAUGCCGAAAUCGAAAAGCGAUUAUCUUGAUGGCCGCACAGAUCAAAAUAAGAAAUCGAAAUCGACCAAAACUUCAGGGGCCAAGAUUCCGACCAGUCAAAGCUGGACGGGUGGGAUAAGAAGGGCUGGUGAUGGCCAAGCCAGUGCCUCCCCAUCAACUGUAACUGUCACUACCAGCAGUUCAUUUUCUGCUUUCUCUUCAUCGGCUGGAAAUUGUAUGGGAAAUGUAAUCGAUCCGUCAGAUAUUGUGGUCAAAUUGGAAGAGCCGGAUCCCAACAGCUCUCCAUCCAUGACCCAUUCGUCACUGAUUCGGCUGGAAGCCAAUCAGAUUGCGGCCCAGAUACAAAAUCAAGAUUCUUUGGAUGGAUCGUCACAGUCCAACGAUCUCGAACACUUCCCGUCUUUAACAUCAAGUUUCAUCGAUGGAGCUGCAAGCUGGACAGAUACAUCAAAGAAAUCACCUUCUUUGACAAGAAAAUCUUUAGCUAAUCAAACGGACAUCAAUCGAGGACGUACUCCAGUUAAUGGAGCUAAUCCUCUGUUAAAACAAGCUCUUUCAUCGGGCUUGGUGAUAUCAACGGAACAGUCCAACAUGAGUGCCUCGACAUCCUUCCGGAUCGAAAAUACUAAACCACCUGCAGAACUGCUGACAUCUAGGGUGACAGAUUCAUUUGCCAGUUUAACUUGCAGUGUCUUAGAUCCCACCUAUUUUGACGAUGAACAACGUCGAGAAGGAUUGCUAACUCAGCUGGCCAUUAUGGAACACACGGUCGAUGAAAAUGCCAACACGGACGAUAGCGUCUCUUCCUCACCAACGGGAGAGAGGAGGAAAUUAACCCCUCGUGAUAGACGUCAGACCGAGAAAGAACGUUAUCAGACGUACACUCUCAACGCGAAUUCGAUGGAAGAGAGUGUCGAAAACGGGUUUAGCAAUGCCGUGCAGAAUAAUUGUGAAGAAACGAAGAAGACGGCCAAGCAACGUCGGUCGUCGGAACGUGAACGUUUCAUGACGCAAACUAUUUCCACCACUGAUGGGGAUGUUGGAAAGACGGAUGUUGAAAAUCAGAAGAGUAUGAGUGCCUCAGAAUUGUCCGCCUUAGAAAUGGAUGCCAAAGCCGUGAUUCGUACCUUGAAAGAAGAGGUGAAACUCAGCCGGAAGAAUAGCAAUUCUUCUGAAUUGAUUAGUGAAGAAUGCAUGCUGGAUUGCGAAACUCUGAGUCUAGUAUCCAACGAAUCAGAAUCGGAUAGAUCCCUAUGUCUUCGAGUGAAGCAGAUGGCAUUGCAUCAAGAAGGACUGGAGAACAAUGAAGGAGGAGAUGUAAGGAAGACCAAGAUCGUCCGACCGGAAGAUCAGAAAUUCUUGGAAGAUCCAAUGGCAAUCAAAGGAAUUCGUGGCCGUCGACGAGUCUUGUGCCCAGUCCGUGUCAUUCCGAUUAAUGGGCCCAAUAGGCCAGUGGUGAAUACGUCACCUCCGCAACAACAACAAACAACAUCCAUCAUUUCUCCAGCAAAAAUCAAUGGAAGCAAAACUACCCCCGUCUCACGAGCAGCUCAGUCUCGUGGUCGAAGCGCCAGUCCAGCUAGUCCAAGUCCAGUCCGUCCUAAUCGGACCUCAGCAUUGCGCCAGAAUACUACGCAAAAAUCAAAAUAUCCUUCAGUUCCUGUUCUCGAGUCACAAGUCCGAAUGCGAUCAAAUAGCAAAAGUCCACGUGUCAGCAGUGCGCCCUGCAGUCCUCGGCAGCUUCCAGUGGUAGAGCAAGAUGCAAAGCAGCUCAAGAGACGCUCGUUAGAGAUGGCUUCAAAGGCUUCCGUCGCUUCCUUGAAAUUAACCCCACCCAAAUCGGAGAGUGUGCCCGUCAUUGAUCCCCAACAUCCACCUCUAUCAAGUCUGGGCAAACAGGGAACAUUCACGAAAGAGAAGUCAACAUCCCCGGAAAGCGUAGCUGCUAAAGAAGAAGAACAAUCGAUCAAAAUUCCUCCAAAGGUUCCGCCAAAACCGAAGAUCACUCAAGUAGCCAAACCAGCUCUACCGAAGAAGCCCAGUCGAUUCAAUAACGGCCCGAGUCCACUCUCUUCGCCACGGUCUAAAGGCAGUCCAGCUUUGAGUAGGCGUUCGGUUAGCAGCGCCAGCAUCGGUUCCGAUUCCACAUCGGCCACGACGACUUGGAGUGGCAUGGAUGAUCAAACGUCCUCGACGCCCCCACUGAAACGAACUCCACCGAAGAAAGUCGUGACCAGCAAAAUCGCUAGUUUGUGGAAGCAAGUGGAAGAGAGCCGCAGCAAGCAGAAAGCGGAACAGCCGGAUGUGAGGAAAUGGAUCAGCAGGGGAGAUAGUGCCAAGCCAAGUACAGAAGAUAAAUCUGUUGGCACCGGGUGCAGUCCCGAUCAAACGCCAAGACCCAUCGUGUCAAGUGGAACGUUCGAGAAAUUGAGUUCCUUCUCCAAUACUCAGCAGGUGCCGGUUAUCUCACCGGUCACUGUCAAUAGCCCGUCUAGUGAUAAGAGAUCCCCACCGAGUAGGCUUCCUUUCCGGCUUCCUCGUUUUGGACGAUCCAGCAGCCAGUCGAGUACGCCAACUACUCCUACCCUUCCUACUCCCCCAUCACCAGGCUUUGAUGUCCCAAACUCUUCUAGUGCCGAAACGGAAGACAAGAGAAAAUUCCGCGUUACCGCCCUUUAAAAGCUUCCAUAAUAUGCAUACUUCACAUUAAUCAACUACCCAAUACUCCAUGUCUUCAACUUUAGCUGUUUUUCUUUAUAUUCUCUGUUUUCGUUUUUUUCUUGCAAUCUCGAUACAAUACAGAAUGAAAGGAUUGGUUUUCAAAUUA